AUGAUUGAAAUACAGGCAAAUGAUAGAUUGGGUAAAAAGAUAAAACUUAAAUGCUUACCCACAGAUACUAUUGGUGAUGUAAAGAAAAUAUUGGCUUUACAAAUUGGUACUCCAGCAGAGAAACUCAUCUUAAAAAAAGGUUACCAAGUAUACAAAGAUCAUAUCACUUUAGAGGAUUAUGAAGUGCACGAUGGCUUUAAUUUCGAACUAUAUUAUGGAUGA